AUGGGUCCCUGUACGGCCUCCCAUUGCUGCUGUCUCCAUCGCCACACUCUGCCAUGUGCCACUUUCAGGUCUCCUCACACACUGCUGGUGUGUUCCAUUUUUUGUCAUAGGGUGCUGGCAGAUUACGGGCCUCCCAUAGCUGCUGCCAGGCCCCUAAUCUGCCAUAGGCCCCUAUAUACCGCCUCCCUCAUGCUGCUGCCAAGUCCAGAGUCUGUCAUGGGUCCCUGUACGGCCUCCCAUUGCUGCUGUCUCCAUCGCCACACUCUGCCAUGUGCCACUUUCAGGUCUCCUCACACACUGCUGGUGUGUUGAAUUUUUUGACAUAGGGUGCUG